GAAGUUCAUGAGUUCAGAAGGAAAAAUGUCUCUGACACUGGGUCCUAGUAGAAUUGUGACAUCAGAGUAAAAUCAGCCAAUCGCUUCCCUUCUCUCUGCCCCUUUUAUGGGGCUGACUGUUCCUCUUUGAGGCAGAGCCUGACUUUUCAGUCGACUGAGCAAGGCAAUGCUACUCACAGUGAAGAGGCUGCUUGGGCAGCAGUGCCGUCUCCAGGUGUCCGGCGAGGAACGGAUCUCUCUAGUGAAGAGCUUGGUGUCAGAAGAACUCAAUGUCCCUGAAAGCCAGCAGACCCUGUUGUUCCAGGGCAAAGUACUGGAGGGGGAGCACAGGCUGUCUGACUAUCCUAUCGGCCCAGAGUCCAUCCUCUAUCUGUUCAUUAAGAAACCUCAGCAAAUUUAUCUUGAGGAGCCGUCAAAGCCGACCCCUGCCCAGCCCCACUCAGUGUGGUAUCGACUCUCCCAGGUCCUGGAGAAACACUUCAGAACAUCCGAUGCAGUGAGGGUUCUCGAGAGAGUGCUGAAUGACUACUACAAAGGCCUUGGCCUGCUCAGCCUGGAAAACAUUGAAGAGUUGGCGGUGGAUGUUCUGAACCCCGAGGAAGCUGAUGGUGAGCCAGUGACUGCAAGUGAGCUCCCACAGCAAGAGGGGCACCCCAAGGCCCCUGGGUGUGGAACCAGGAAGGAACAAGCGACCCAAACUGAUCCACAAGAAAUCCUGGAAGGAAGGUGGCACUGGAAAAGCUCUUCUUAGAAGGGUCUGAGCUACGAUCUUCAAAAUAAAAAGUGAAGCUGUAGGAAGCAUAGAGAAAUGUCUUUUAUAUAGCUAGGUUGAGGGGGUGAGUAAAAGAAACCAAUGUAUUAUACAAAAGA